GACCCUCUCAAUCUGAAUCUCUAGCGGGCGACUAACCUCCACCGGAGUAGACAGAUUGAGGCCCUAAGAACAAAACCUCCACUACCGGAGUAAAUCCGGUACAGAAUAGUGAGUUGGUUCCUCGACUAAAGUCACCAACUCCCUACCUUCAAUCAAGGAUACUCUAUUAACCUAGGCAGAUAUUCUCAUUCUAGGUUAAAGCAGAAACAACAGGAAUUUGAUCAGGAUUCAAGUCAUUCAAUCAUUAAAACCUCAAUCGAAUAUAAUCAAUCACAGAAUCAGUACUUGGGUUCAUACAAUCAAAGCCUAACAUACAAAUCUAGGGUUCUCCAUACCCAGAUGAAUGGGAGAACUACUCCAUAGAGAAGAAAGCAAAAGCAGAAUCAGACACGGAAUUCAUACUGCGAAGGAUGGAUUCCUGCUUCUGGACGUUGAUUGGCACUUCUCCAAGCUCAAGCUGGCCUCCAAUGGUGUUGAAGAUCAAUCUAGGGCACUUGGGAACUCUUGCUCGUCACUUUCUCUCUCUAGAAAUCGCUCUCUUUCUCAAAAACUCGAAUCCUCCCGAAUUGUGGCUGAAAAUCUGCUUAAAAGGAGAAAAUCCCGACUCACACGGCCAGGGUGGCACGGCCGUGCAGCUCACCCAGUUGCCCGUGUGAGUCAAAACGCAUCGUUUCAUUUAGUUCGAAUUCCAGGCUCUUUGCACGGCCAGAAUGGCACGGCCGUGUGGACAUCCCCUCUUGCCCGUGUUUGCUCUCCCAGAAUGUGGCACGGCCAACCCGGCCACUUGCACGGCCGUGUCGAUCUUCUGCUCUGCCCGUGUGUGCUCUCGGCAAAACACGCACGGCCAGGCCAUUACUUCACACGGCCGUGUGAACAUCAGGACAGCCCGUGUGACCUCCUUUGUGACUUGUCUCGCGCCCGAUCUUCACCCAAUCGACCCCGAACUCGCUCCUAAACCUUCAUUCACUUGCCAGGACCUGAAAUAUCACAAACAAGCACAACCUAGCGUGAAAUCGGUCUAAAACACGAGAAACCACAUCUCAAACGGUGUAAGAACAGGGGUGAAAACAUGUGUAACUAACGGUCUAUCAGUCAUCCUGCCGCACCACCCCCGCUACCACCCUUUAUGUUGCUUCCUUGUCCUACAUGCAAAAGUAAUCGAAAGAGUCUAUAUCCAAGCAGGAAAUGGACAGUGGUACCACUAGCCGCUCCUCUAUAAAAGGGAGGACACCGCCUCUUCUUUUUCCUCACAAAAACUCAUGAAGAUCCAAAGCAUACAUAUCCAAAAUGGGUGCUACAAAUCAUUGAAGCUCUAUUCUAAGAAGACUUUCAAGAAAUAAGGAGAUGUGAAGACCCAUCAUUGUGAGAUGGUGGAGGGGAAACAAGGAGCAUCAAGUCAAGGAAGCAAGAGGAAGGCAACCAUCCAAGAUGGUGGUGGAUCUUGGUUCUGGCAUCAACAUCUUAUGUCGACAACACAAGUGCGAUUCAUAUUGCAACGAAUCCAGUUCUACAUGAUCGUACGAAGUACAUGGAGGUACAUGUUCAUUAUAUUUAAGAUCUUGUUCGAUAUGGGAUGAUCCGAAUUUUCUAUCUUCCCUCAGAAGAUCAACUUGCAUACAUAUUCACCAAAGCCUUCUCUGUUAGUCAUCAUUCGUUUUUAGCAAGCAAACUGAUGAUGAGAACUCCCCCAUCAAUUUGGGGGAGGCUGCUGAGUAAGUGGAUCUCGAAUAUAAUAAGGCCUUUGGCCUGUGUAAGGGUUGCGGCCCAAAAGUGUCUAUUGUCAAAUAGAACUCUCGCUAGAGAGUAGAUAGCCGAGACUGGUAUAUAUGUAACCUAUGGUACAUCGUUGAGAACUACAGAAACAAGAUAAGAGAGAUACAUCCUGCCCGUGGACUAGUCUUGUUUGAUCUGAUCGAUUAAGGAAACUGCGUAAAUCCCAUCUCGUUUCGUUCUUAUCUUCGUUACGAAUCUUCCUACGUUACAAAUCUUCAUACUUUAUGAUUAUGACGUAUGUCUGGCGUACGCUAUAUGCCUGCGUUCACACCUAUUAUUUGUACUUGAAUAAUUCCGACGAAUCACAACCGUUGGUUUUCAUUUUUAAGAUUAAAUGAAUCUUAUGGGUUGGGUUAGACAAUUGGGGACUGGGGUUCACCCAUUAGAGGUUAGGGUAUAGUAUCAUGCACCAAACUCCACCUCAUCAUAUUACCAGAAACAAUAUUGUUUCACAAGGUAACAGAUACUUGAUUUUGGUUGAUAAGGCUGAUUAUUUAUUAGUUGCAUCAUUCAUGUCUCUUUCCUGCUAAAAUUCACCAUUUUUAUCACGUGUUUCCCAAAAAAAAAACUAUACAACAAUAAGCUAUACACCCCAUUACAUUAUCAAAUUUCAUACCUCACCUUCCUCCGACCUACUGGCCUAGGGCCACGCUAGUCGCUAGUUCCUUAUAAAACAAUAUUUUUUUCCAUUACAUUUUCCUUCCCCUCAAAAUUUUGUUCACCUUAUAAUUUUUCCUCCCCGGAAUCUACACGAAUAAAAAGAGUCUUAUCAA